AAUCAACUUCUUUAAUGUAUUUUAAAGAAGACGUAAAUCGGUGUACCUGCGAGUUGCAAAUGGUGGACGGCCUGGCAUUAUUGCUCUGUGACAUCAGGUAAAAUGUAUAAAGCCAGGACGAUGCUGAACACCUUGGUGCCUUUGGCACCACGUGUGUGUGGACCGGAAAGAUUUGCUUCAUGGUUAGUACGUAGUCAUCCUUUGGCUAGAACAACUCAAACCAUAGUCGCAACACCGGCUCGGAAAUAUAACAGUCGUGUUGCUACUGAACCUUUCUUAAAUGGUAGUACCAGCUCUUAUGUAGAAGAAAUGUACAAUGCAUGGUUGCAAGAUCCUCACAGCGUACAUGUGUCAUGGGAUUCAUUUUUCCGUAGUAGUACUGCUGGAGCUGGUCCAGGCCUUGCAUAUCAAGCUCCACCAUCUCUUGCUCCAAGUCAUAAUCAGGUACCACUUGGAGCAUUGUUGCCUCUCGGCGGUGGAUCUCAAAUAAGUCAGAUGCCCAUUAAUGAAAAAAUUAUAGAUGACCAUUUGGCAGUACAAGCCAUUAUUCGUUCCUAUCAGAUUCGUGGCCAUCAUAUCGCAAAAUUGGACCCACUUGGAAUCAACAGUGCAGAUCUUGAUGAUAGGCAUCCUCAAGAGUUGCUCUAUAAUCAUUACUCAUUCGGGAGGGGACAACGCACUACUUACGCUCAGGAACUACAAUACCGAGUAGCUGCUCUUAUGAAAAAGGAAUCAGAUAUGGAUCGCGUAUUUAAAUUGCCAUCCACUACUUUUAUCGGCGGUAAAGAAAAAUCAUUACCGCUGCGUGAAAUUCUUAAAAGAUUAGAAGCAACUUAUUGCGGUCAUAUCGGCGUAGAAUUUAUGUUCAUUAAUUCCUUGGAGCAAUGCAAUUGGAUUCGACAAAAGAUGGAAACUCCUGGUAUCAUGGAAGUUACAAACGAUGAGAAACGACUUAUUUUGGCUAGAUUAACUCGAGCAACAAGGUUCGAAGCUUUCCUCGCACGCAAGUGGUCAUCUGAAAAAAGAUUUGGAUUGGAGGGUUGUGAAAUCUUAAUUCCUGCAAUGAAGCAAGUAAUAGACAAAUCUACAGAGCUUGGUGUGGAAUCUAUUGUUAUGGGUAUGCCUCAUCGUGGUCGUCUCAACGUUUUGGCUAAUGUCUGUCGUAAACCAUUGAGCCAGAUAUUUACACAAUUUGCUGCACUUGAAGCUGCUGAUGAUGGUUCUGGAGAUGUGAAAUAUCAUUUGGGAACAUACAUUGAACGUCUUAAUCGUGUAACAAAUAAAAAUAUUCGUUUAGCAGUUGUGGCAAAUCCAUCUCACUUGGAAGCAGUUGAUCCGAUCGUACAAGGAAAAACUCGAGCUGAACAAUUUUACAGAGGGGAUGGUGAAGGUAAAAAAGUAAUGUCCAUUCUCCUUCACGGUGACGCAGCAUUUUGUGGACAAGGCAUUGUAUUUGAAACUAUGCAUCUAUCAGAUUUACCAGAUUAUACAACUCAUGGUACUAUCCAUAUUGUUGUUAACAAUCAAAUCGGUUUUACGACGGAUCCAAGACACUCCAGAUCUUCUCCUUAUUGUACUGAUGUUGCCAGAGUGGUAAACGCACCAAUUUUCCACGUAAACUCUGAUGAUCCUGAAUCUGUAAUGCACGUAUGUAAAGUGGCUGCUGAAUGGAGAGCAACAUUUCAUAAAGAUGUUGUUAUUGAUAUAGUUUCAUAUAGACGUAAUGGACACAACGAAAUUGAUGAGCCAAUGUUUACGCAACCUUUAAUGUAUCGUAAAAUUAGACAUACACCACCGGCUCUUGAUAAAUAUGCUAAAUCACUUAUCGAUGAUGGCGUUGUUACAAAGGAAGAAGUAAAGGAUGUGCAAGAUAAAUAUGAAAAAAUAUGCGAAGAAGCAUACGUGAAUGCUAAACAAGAAACACAUAUUAAAUAUAAAGAUUGGUUAGAUUCUCCAUGGUCUGGUUUUUUUGAAGGCAAAGAUCCAUUGAAAGUAUCUCCUACUGGAAUUAAGGAAGAUACACUUGUGCAUAUUGGAAAGAAAUUCUCGUCUCCUCCACCUAAUGCCGCAGAAUUUGUGAUUCACAAAGGUAUCGAACGUAUUUUAAAAUCUCGUAUGGAAAUGGUCGAAGCUAGAACAGUUGAUUGGGCUCUUGGAGAAGCAAUGGCAUUUGGUUCUCUUUUAAAAGAAGGAAUACAUGUAAGGUUGUCUGGUCAAGAUGUGGAACGAGGUACAUUUUCACACAGGCAUCAUGUCUUGCAUCAUCAAACUGUUGACAAAGCUACGUAUAGGCCACUUUGUUACUUGUAUCCCGAUCAAGCUCCUUACACUGUGUGCAACAGUUCUCUUUCAGAAUUUGGUGUUCUUGGUUUUGAAUUGGGUUACUCCAUGACGAAUCCUAAUGCAUUGGUAUGCUGGGAGGCACAGUUCGGUGAUUUCAACAACACAGCACAAUGCAUAAUCGAUCAGUUUAUUAGUAGUGGACAAGCUAAAUGGGUACGUCAGUCUGGACUUGUUAUGCUCCAGCCUCAUGGUCUAGAAGGAAUGGGACCUGAACAUUCAAGCGCUCGUUUAGAACGUUUCUUGCAAAUGUCUGCUGACGAUCCGGAUUAUUUUCCACCAGAAAGCGAAGAAUUUGCCGUAAGACAAUUACAUGACAUUAACUGGAUCGUUGCCAAUUGUAGUACACCAGCUAAUUACUUUCACAUUCUAAGAAGACAAAUAGCAUUACCGUUCCGAAAACCAUUGAUAAUGAUGACACCCAAAUCUCUACUUCGUCAUCCAGAAGCAAAGUCAAGUUUUGAUUUGAUGCUAGAAGACACCGAAUUUCUGAGAGUGAUACCUGAGGAAGGGCCAGCUGCAAACAACGCUAGUAAUGUUAAAAGAUUAGUUUUCUGUUCUGGCAAAGUCUACUAUGAUUUGAAAAAGGGACGUUCUGAAAAGAAACUUGAUGAUCAAAUUGCUAUCGCCAGAGUUGAACAAAUUUCACCAUUCCCAUAUGACCUUGUGAAAAAAGAAGCUGCUAAAUAUCCAAAUGCAGAAUUAAUAUGGUCUCAGGAGGAACACAAGAAUCAAGGCGCAUGGACUUAUGUGCAACCAAGAUUCCACACUGCACUCAAUGGAACGCGCGGUGUUACUUUUGAAGAUGCGACAAAUUCCAAAGCAAGUGAAAGUAGUGGAGGAUGGUUAAGUGAUUGGUUUUCUUCAUUGAAACCAGUAAAACCUACUCCUAUGCCUGAGUCAUCAGAUUCUAAUAAACCUAAGCCAAGAAUAGUGAGAUAUGCAGGCCGUCCCACUGCAGCGUCUCCCGCAACAGGUAGCAAAAUGCAACAUCUAAAGGAACUUAAACAAAUCCUGGACGAUUCAUUGAAUGUUUAAUAAUCCUUCGUUACGCUAUGUAGAAACAAAUUUUAUUUAUUCUAUUAUACCAUAUUUGUUAAUGCUUUUCCUCUUCUAUUUUACACUUUACACUUACUACUUUACGGAGAUAAUAUCACCAUUCAACUAUGUAAAUGAUUUCUUUGCUAACGACCAACAUUUAAAAUCAACUGAUACACAUGGAUAUUUUAUCUGACUAAUGCAAGAUGUAUAUUUGUUAUA